AAAAGAAUGAAAGCUAAACUAUUUCUUAAAAAAAAGAAUGAUGGGUAGGAGAAAAGAAAAGAGAAGAGAAGAGAAAAAGACGCUGCCUUGCUAACGAGGUGAGAGAGUGUUGGGGCCGCCGCUCUUGGGUGAUAGAGGAAGAGGAUACAGCAAGCGGGGGUUGCGAGGAGGCAGCGGACGCUAUGGGCAACGCCGGGAGUGCGCCGGACCAGCCCAAGAACUCGGCGGAUGGGGCCGGCGCUGCCGACGCGGAGUCUCGCCGCGGGCCGCCGUCUACGGUGCGUUUCUUCCCCGAUGCGGAGCGCCACAAGGCACGGCAGCCGCCGCCAAUAAAGCUCGAGGAGGAGGAGGGCGUCCCGCCGCCGCCCGCCACCGAGGAGGAGAUGGCCCCGCGCAACCUCUGGCAGGUGUAUGCGCUUGGGGCGUUCAUUGUGUUGAGAUGGGCGUGGGCUAAGAGGAAGGAGAACCAGGACAGAAAGGACUCACCUGAUGCUGGGGAUGGGAAUGCACCGGACAGAUCGACUUAAUCUCCGGUUGCUGCUGCGUGGACUAGGCUACCCGCGAAGAUGAAUGCCGUUUCGUGAUAAGCCAACGAUGAUGGAUCAUUCUAGCUAAUGCAUCAUAUAAUGGUCAUCGAUGUUGCUGUGGAUUUAUGUAUUUUCCUGACAAUUUGCAAGUUACAUUCUCCCCCUUUUUCACUCUAGUGGGAUCCUUUUUAUCUGAGGUGUGGCACCUGCCUGUUCACUCUACUGAUAAACAAUGUCUGUCAAUGAACAUGCGUGGAAGAGAACCAUCAGGUGGCUAAUUUUUGGCAGGCAUCUGGUUAAUUUCA